AAUGGGAGGUGAGACGAGUGUGGACAAAGGCGCGAAUGACAGGAAACCUGAAUGGAAACUCUGUUGAGAAUCUUCAAAGAAAAGAUUUAGGUAUGUUUUACAUGAAGAGCUUCCCUGCUGGCAAAUUUUGGAAAAGAUGGCCAACAUAAUAACUGGGAAUCAGGAUUAUAUUGUGAAUCUUCAAGAGGAAAUGUAUAGAGACCCAGAACUAGAUCUUUCCCCUUGUCAAAACAGGAGAGAACAUCUUCUCAUGUUUUUAGAAGAAUAUGGUAACUCUUCAUAGAGGUUAUAUAAAAAACAUAGAAAAUGAAGACUAUCUGACUUUGAAAGUCCCAAGCCAAAUAUCCACACAGAUAUCUUCCGUGAAGUUCUGUAAGAAUGAACCACAAGAUUUUCAGGAACACAGAAGUCUCUUUGUUGAUGAAGAAAGCACUGAGGGAAAACAAUAUGGAGGGGCAGUCCUCCCAUGGAGUGUUAUUCAGAGAACCUUCAAGUUAUAGGUCAAUCAGAUAUAACAGAAUCAGUCCCUCCAUUGUUGAGUUAUAGUCAUAUGAAAGUGCAUACAACCGAGAAACUUUAUAACUGUAAUGACUGUGGGAAAAUGCUGAAGACCAGACUAAAUGUUCAUCCAUAUGAGAGAAUCCACUCAGAAGAGAAACUACAUAACUGUGUUCCAUGUGGUAAGGAAUUUAGUCAGAGUCCAGAAUUAUUAGUUCAUCAAAAAGACCUCACAGAAGAAAACCCCUAUAAAUGUGAUCAAUGUGGGAAGGGCUUCACAAGAAGCUCAAGUCUUCUCAUUCAUCUUGCUGUUCAUACAGGUGAGAAACCUUAUAAAUGUGACAAGUGUGAAAAGGGCUUUAGUCAGAACUCCAAACUGCACAUCCAUCAGCGAGUCCACACUGGAGAAAAGCCAUUUGAAUGUGGGGAGUGUGGUAUGAGCUUCAGUCAGCGCUCUAACCUGCAUAUCCACCAGCGAAUCCACACAGGAGAGAGACCCUACAAAUGUGGAGAAUGCGGAAAGAGCUUCAGUCAGAGUUCAAACCUUCAUAUUCACCGGUGCAUACAUACUGGAGAGAAGCCUUAUCAAUGUUAUGUGUGUGGGAAGGGCUUCAGUCAGAGUUCAGAUCUUCGCAUCCAUCUCCGAGUCCACACUGGUGAGAAGCCCUAUCAUUGUGGCAGGUGCGGGAAAGGAUUUAGCCAGAGUUCCAAACUUCUCAUUCAUCAGUGAGUACAUACUGGAGAGAAGCCCUAUGUAUGUAGCAAGUGUGGAAAAGGCUUCAGCCAGAGCUCCAACCUUCACAUCCACCAACGGGUUCACAAAAAAGAUACCUGUUAAAUGUUGUCAGCCAACUCGGGUUUUCAACCAGGGUGUUUAUAUGUUGAAGACUAUUAAAUACUUUUUAACAAUA